GAGUGUUCAUCUCUAUUAUUAUAAACUAUCAGCGUCAGUAAGUUUACUGCCAAAUGCAGCAGAGGAAACUGGACAGUAAAGUAGAAAAAGGAAACUGUGGUUUGAACUGCUCUGAGAGAAAAAAAGCCCAGUGCGAUCUCACAUCACCAAGUGGUACGAUGGGACAAACAUCUCUUCAGUGGUCGAUCUUUCUGGCCUCACUGCUGUGCUGCACAACAAACCAAGCCUCUCUGACUGUGAGUCCCAGCUGCUCUCAGCAUUUUGAAGGAGAGUUUGUCUCUCUGAGCUGUGAGGAGGACGACAGCUCUGCUGGAUGGACGCUGAGGAGGAACACAACCAGAGAAACCAGGACUCAGUGUGGAGCUGGCUGGGGAAGAUCAGCUGGUUCUUCCUGUAACAUCAGCUACAUCGACCCAGUGGACAGUGGAGUUUACUGGUGUGAGUCCAGAGAGGGAGCAACCAGUAACACCAUCAACAUCACUGUCCGAGGUGGACCAGUGAUCCUGCAGAGUCCUGUCCUCCCUGUGAUGGAGGGACAGGAUGUCACUCUGCACUGUAAAACAGAGAUCCCUCCCUCCAACCUCCCAGCUGGUUUCUAUAAAGAUGGCUCCCUCAUCAGGAAUGAGCCUACAGGUCACAUGACCAUCCACCAUGUUAACAAGUCUGAUGAAGGCCUCUACAAGUGUAACAUCAGAGGUCGUGGAGAGUCUCCAUCCAGCUGGAUCUCUGUCACAGGUAAACCUACAACCACAGACCCGCCCACCUCUGUAGCCCCGCCCACAUCUGGAGCCCCACCCCGUGCCUCAGACCCCCUCCAGCUUGUGUUCAGACUGGUCUGCCAGCUGGUGGUGUUCUGUCCGUACUGCAUCUCCACUGUCCUCAUGGUGUCUUUAUAUCGACACAGGGCCACAGGAAAUGACCUGCCUGUUUCCAUGGUGAUGACCCCUUCCACCCAGGCUGAGGAGGGAUUGGUUGAUGGCCAUGAUGACAUCAUCAGCGCUGUCACCACAGAGCGUCACUUCUGAGCUGUUCACAAAUCAAAGAAAAAAGAGAUGUGGUUUCAAUCGAAGAUGAUGAAAGUGAAACGUCCCGUUUUGAUCAGUCACAAACCUUUAACUUCUACUUCAGAUUCUGAUGCAGCAGCACCAAAACAAGCGGUGGAAGCUGAUUUACAAAGGUGGAAAACCUCUUUAUCGUCUUCUCACUCUCACUUCCUUAUUAAAUAUCAUGUUUUCUAAUGAACUGCAUCACUUGUGGAAAACAAAAGCCCACUCUUUGUCCUCUGAGUCUUCUUGGGGUCAAAAGAAACCUCCAGACUUUCAUGGUUUCAGCUGUACUUGUAUAAAGUGAAAAAUGUGAUGUUUCAUUUAUAAUUAAACAUCAUAUUUUAUAAACUG